AUGGAGACCGAAGAAACAGAGGAUGGCUUCACCGUCUUCCCAAUCCAAAUGCCGGCGGUGCCCUCGUGCCCCAUUACCGCCAUCCACGAAAUUCGACUUCGACGAAACACGCCCAAGAUCCCAACUGCCGUAGAUGGCCGGAGUCUCUUCCUGAAGAAUAUUCCAGUAGAUGCAUCAGAAGCACACUUUCGCGCUGUCUUCAGCCACCUCGUCGGCCCCGGCCGCUUCGAGAGCAUCGCCUUUGAAGGCGAGCGCAGGAGGCGGCUCGAGCUCGAUCCCGCCUCGGCCGCUAAGAUAUCUGCGCUCGUCAAAAAGAGGAAGCGCGAUGAACAGGAGCUCGAGGAGCACGCGCGCGAGGAGGAGUUGGCACUGCUGCCCGAGACGUGGACGCGCAGGAUACACAAGAGCGGCGGCAGCGCCAUCGUUCUGAUGGCCGAUGAAAAGAGUGUCGACCAGGUGCUGAAGGCCAUUGGAAAGACCAAGAAGAAGAACAAGAUGCCUGUUUGGGGGGAGGGGGUUGCCAGCGACACACCCGAGCUGGGCGCACCGUGGGUUGCGGCGCACCUGCAGCUGUCGAGGGCUGACAAGGCGGCGACGCAGAAGUCGGUGCACGCCUUCUUCAACGUGUUCAAUCGCAAGGAGAAGGAGGCGGCUGAGACAGCCAAGAAGACUGCGGAAUGA